CCUCAGAUUUCGAAUUUGCGGUCCCAAUGCUCGACGCCGGGCUCGCAAAACCUUGACAACUACUGUUCGGAAUGCUCAUAGUUCUAUUUGGAGUCCGCAAACCAGUAGACAGUGAACCGGAAGAGGUAAUACUGCUCGGCUUCCCUACAUUGACGGUAGUCCACGGCAUUCUUUGACUAAUCGGAGUGGAAACGUUGCUCAGAACAAACUGAGGCGACGAGAGGGAGUACUGGUAACGACCACCGAUCGGAUUACCAACGUUCUGUGCUAAAAUGUUCGAUUGAAAUGGAAUUGAAGGAGACGUCAUCGAUACAUUCGGCCAAUAUUUGAAAUGGGUGGAUUGGUGUUGAGGCAUCGACGGUGUUAACACGAGUUGUUGAUUGUAACUGCAGUUAAAAUAACAACAUUAAAGAAGUCGAUGAUGUCGCUAGAAGGGGAACUGUUUGGCGGAGGGCUCGAGAAACUAAUCAAAUCGGGAGGAUCAUUGUCGCUGGAAGUACUGUUUUUACGCUGAGACGGGGGCGGUGGGGCCAAUAGAGCGUUCGUAGAGCUAGACUGGAGUCCAGGUCGUGGACGAGAUUUACUAACGUGUCUAUCGAAUCUUGGAGUAGAAUCGGUUUCGUUCAUCGAGGCUGCCCUUGUAACUUCACAUACAAAUGACCUCUGAGGAAUUUUACGAUUCUUUAGACGAAAAUUCGGACAAUGAAAUCUGUAACAACUCGAAGAAACAAUUCAGCUCGACCCACAAAAUCGAUGACGGCCGCAAUAAGGUCGAGCCCGUGCCGUUCUACAAAGGCCACCUAACGCUCAGCCGCUUGGACCUGAACCAAGCCCAAUCGCAACGCAACGAGCUCAUGAAGAAACUCUCCAAAACCAAAUCGAAGUUGAAAUUGACGGUGGCCUCCUUGCCCAGGCCGAAGAAGUCCUACUUGGACAUGUUCUACGAUAAAACGGGCGUCAACAAGUACGAUGACGACGGCUGCAUCGAGUGCGACUCGUCCAGACCCACCUGCUCGAGCUCCUCGCCCAAGAGCUUCAGAACCUGCGACGGAGACCUCGAGUGCGAUAAUGUAUACGAUCUAGAUCUCAAAAGCAAUUCGGAAGUCAGUUCAGAUUUUAUGAAAUCGAAGUCGCCGAAAUGCGUUCCAAAUUUGAACCUGCGAAGUGAUAGCCCCAAAAACGGCGGUAAAUUUUCCAGUAAAUCAGAGAAGCGGUUAGAUACCGGAACGACAAAUCACGUGAACAGUAAAUCGAUGCUUCCUUUACCGAAGUCGAUAAAACCAGUAGAAUUGAAAAAGGAGAAGAGCGAUGCGAACGUGUCGAAGAUGGACUUGUGGAAAAAACGGCAAUUAUACGGUAGAAAAGUAAGCCAAACUAAUAGAAUCCAAAUGAUGGAAAAAGAAGCUUUGCAAUUGUUGGUAGACGAUAAAAAAGUGAAGAUGAAGCCAAAAAAUACUGCGAAAUCGUCUAAUAGCCACACAUCAGUCAAUGGCGCUGGGUGUUCUUCGAAAGUGUCCAUACACAAACCUUAAUUUGUACUUAUCACUUAAAGUAAUUUAUUUAAUAAAUAUAUCUAUAUACCAAUUUUAUCUAUAAUUAUGUGUAUU